CAGCACAUUGCUUUUGUAAUUUUUUGCAAGAAAGUUGUCGUCUGCGCUGCGAUUUUUUAAGUAAAUAUAUUACGUACGUCACAAAUCUACAGAAUUUGGGGAGGUUAAAAAAUCGGUCGCAACCGGGGACUAUCAUUGAUUGCAGCUAAGUGAAGACAGGCAUGCAGAGAGAUGAUUUUAUUCAAUAUAGCAGAAAGCAGUUAAUGUCACCGAGUGGUAAAAUAAUGUGAAGAAAACAAAUCCAGAACUUUUUUAGCAGAAAUUGACCAUAUUAAUUUGGCAAAAAGAGUCUUUUGCGGGUCAUUGCGUUGUACAUAGACAAUGAGACAAUGAAAGCAGAAAAAGCUGACCAAAUUAUUCCAGAAAUUGCAAUGCGAGGGGCGUCUAUGGCAGACAUCAAAGCAACAAUGGCAGAACAUACGAGCAAUGAAGAUGAGAUAACUCACCAAGAACAUCAAAUCAAUUUAAAAGUGCCUAACCACAACAAAAUCAUCACCUCACUGCUGGCUGGGGCCAUGGCUGGGGCUGUGGCAAAGACUGUGAUAGCACCACUAGAUAGAACAAAAAUCAACUUCCAGAUUUCCAACAAGCAGUUUUCGGCGCGGGGGGCGUUACUGUUCCUGAGGGACACAGUGCGGAGUGAGGGUGUCACCAAACUGUGGCGGGGGAACUCGGCGACCAUGGUCCGUAUUAUACCGUACGCCUCCAUACAAUAUGCUGCCCACGAACAGUAUAAACGACUGCUUAGUACUGACAAACGCAAACAACAUCUGCCUCCACACCUGCGGUUCCUGGCCGGGUCACUAGCGGGGGUCACCUCAUCCUCCCUCACAUAUCCCCUGGACUUGAUGCGAGCCAGAAUGGCCGUCACCCUGAAAGCUCAAUAUAGCAAUCUAUGGUCAGUGUUCCUACACAUCGUGCGGGCUGAGGGCCCUGCCACCCUCUAUAAAGGAUUCACCCCCACUGUGCUGGGAUCCAUACCGUACUCGGGUGCCAGCUUCUUCACCUACGAAACUCUCAAGAAGUGGCAUGCAGGUUACUGUGAUGGUAGAGACCCCGCCCCCAUAGAGAGGAUGGCGUUUGGGGCGGUGGCCGGUCUACUGGGACAAUCAGCCUCCUACCCCCUGGACAUCGUACGGCGCAGAAUGCAGACCGCAGGUGUGACAGGCCAAGGCAGCAUGUACACUUCCAUCUCCCAGACGGUCAAGGUCGUUUGGAGGUCAGAGGGCUGGAGGGGCCUCUACAAGGGGCUGAGCAUGAACUGGAUCAAGGGCCCCAUCGCCGUGGGAACUAGCUUCACGGUUUACGACACCUCGCUCCACUGGCUACGGAGCUUCACCUACUUCCACAUUGACGAGGACGACGGGACAUGAUGUGAAACUGUUGGUUAUAGACACUUGUUGAAAUUAUUGAUAGUUGUUUAAAAAUAUCCCCCUUAAUGAUAAAGAAUUCCCCUUCCCCCACAGUAUCAAACACACACACACACACACUUGCACUUCCAAAUUUGUUUCGUUAUAUGGGAUUCAUAUUGAAAUUCAUAUGAUUGCUAAGGUCACUGAUAUGUUGUUUUUUUGGUCCUGUCCAUUUGUUCAUAUUUCUUCCUGUUUUCAUUGAAACAAUAUUUUCACAGUUUUUAUUUACAGUUGUUUUGUCUUGUUCAUUAAUUAUUUUAUCUACAUAUAUUAAUUUUCCACCUUUAUAAAAGUCAAAUAUGCAUACUUGAUGAUGUUACUGAUAUGUCAUCUUUUUGCUUUGGACAAGGGGAAUGCCCUGUCAAACUGUCAAUGACUAAAAUAAAUCGAAACUUCUUUGGGUCCUUAACAUAGUAAAAAAUGUAGUUGUUACUGAUUCUCUACCGAAAUUUGUUUCGUUGUUAGAGUUUAUACAAGGCUUGUCUUUAUCAAGUUUUUAUUAGUAUUCAAACAGCCAACAAAUUUUCCUAGACAUUAAUGGUGACGACAAGGUCAUUUACUAAGUUCAAGGUCAACUUGAUCGGUUAUACAGUAAAACACGCUUAUAACGAAGUCCCAGGGACGGGCAAUUUAACUUCGUUAUAAGCGUAAUUCGUUAUAACCAUCAAGUUUACAACAUGAAAUAGGGACUUGGGGAAUGAAAUUCACUUCGCUGUAAGCGUCAAUUCAUUAUAAGCGUGUUCGCUAUAACCGUGUUUUACUGUAUUAUACCUUUGUUACUGAGAAAACUGAAAGUAAUGUGUGUUAAGGAUAAUAGCCAAAUGUAUAAACUGUCCAUGUACAAGUUUGUUUGAAGUAGUCAACACGUGUGAUUUUAAUUCCCUUACUCCUGUCUUUACUUUAUAACCUUUUGAUUGUUUGUGAUCAACAUAUAUUAUUUUUCAAAACAUGUUUAGUACAAGGUUUUGUUGGAGUCAUUACAUUAAUAUUUUGAAAAUGUGAUUCUUUCAUGCUUGGACAUAGUCACAUGGUCAGAUUUGACCAGUAAGGUGGUAUAGGACACCUGUCAUUAAUAAUAAAGAUACUCUCACCAGGUUUUUUUUUUAGAAAUUUCAAAUUUUACAAUUAUAUUUGACCGAAAGAUAUUUUUAAAAACUUUUUGGAAGCUCAUAAAGGCCCUUGCAGGAUUUGAACGUGUGACUAACAGUAGUGAACGCUCUAACCCAUUGCAUUUAAGGUAACAAUGUUGGGAAAGAAAAAGUUUAUAAAAUUAUGCUUGAAUUCAUUGUUUAUUUUGAUGGUACCGGUAAGUUCAUCCCAACAUAGAGGUGUCUUAUACCACCUUAAGCAAUUUUUUUUCACUAAAUUAUAGCAUCAUUUAAGCUAUGCACAAAGGAUCAAAAUACAUAUUAAUACACAAAAAUUUCAUAUCUAUAUGAACAUUUACAUACAUGAUACUUUUAUAUUUAGGUUUCUAUAAUUUAUUAAGUGAUUUUUAAGUUAACACAAUUUUUUAUUGUUUCCAUCUAUGAUACUUAAGAAGUUUGAUAGGUUUUCAUAAUUAAUUUAUGAAGUGAUUAGAAUAAUUUUUCUUGAAAACAAUUAAAAAGUCCUGAAUGUUAAAAGCAUUACAUAAAAUUGUGAUAAUUUUGGAGAAAAUGUUCAAAAGAUUGUUACAUUACAACAAACAGUCUCGAGAGAAGAGCUAUUACAUGUUACAUUGACUGUAAAUAUAUAAUUAUGACUAUGGAAACAAUGCAAAAAUUGGGCAUUUUAUUAAAGUACAGUAUGGUGAUUAGGACAAAAUGUAUAAUUAUUUGUUUGUUUGUUAAACACUUUGCAACAUGCAUUUGAGUGAAUGUCAUAUUAUAAAAUGUGAAUUAUUUCCCUUAUGAUAGCCUUUUUCAUGAAACCUCUGUUAAAAGCUGAUCAGAUUUUCACCAUCAGGCUGAGUGCGGAAUGUUAAAUCAUGUUUAUGUUUGAUAACUGAACACAAUGAUAUUUUUUAGGUGCUUGUUUCAGAUCAGCCAAAAUUUUUUUUAUUAGAUUUCAGAUUUUAAAAAGUUAUUUAGCUAUAUUUUUUCUGUUUUUUAAAGAUAAACUAUUUUUUUUAAUUUAGUAUUUUUUUUUCGCUGGGAAGGAGAUUGGAUGCUUAGAUUAUAGAUAAAACUAUUUCACUACUCAUUUCAAGCUUGUGUCACUGGCAAUAAAUACACAAGCACUCUUUUUUAAUAAAAACAAUAAAUAUCUCAGUCAUUUUUUACAUACUAGUAACUUUAGUGCUUGGAAAUUAAUAAAAAGGUACUUUAGGUAUUGAUUGAUUGUAAAUGAUAAUGUGUGCUGGUAAAAAUUGCUGUUUGAUAGUUUUGACUUUUGAAAUUUACAUGCUUUGAUAAAGUGCAUGCUAUAUUAGCAUUAUAAAGUGAGUGUUAUUCAGAUAGUGCAUAAUUUGUCUGUUGAAUUCAUUGAAUUUGUAAUGUAUACAUGUUCCUUGGUAUAUAAAACAAUAUAAAAUGAUGAAACUAGAGAAGGUUUUCAAAGUCUAUUUGAUGAGAGAUGAUCCUGUUACAGUAUUUGUACCAGUUUUUUUGAAAUGUGCAAAUGAGGCAUGAGUUUUAAAGUUUUUGUUAAAUGCUAAGUUGAUUCUAAAAGUUAAUUCUACACACGGAGUUUAAUUUUAAAUUAGUCUUUCACGUGUCUUGCAAAAUUCAGACUUUUAGUUCACAAUAAAUACUUAACUGCUAAACUGUCACAGACGGUGAUGAAGUAGGCAAGCUCCAACUUGUAUACAUCUCGACAAAUAAUUUGCACAUCUCUCCCUCUCUUUUCUCUUGCUUUUAAUAAAGUGUGUCUUCUGAAAGUGUUAACCGUAGCUUCAACUUUCUAGAUUGUUUAAAAUAAUUCUAGUAAUUGAUUACCGAAUAGCUUCUGUAUGUAAUAGUUCCUCAAGGCCAGACGACACAUUCCUCAAUUUAAUAUAACAUUUUCCAGGAAUUUGUUAUUGAUUUACCACUAUCUUGCAAAAAAAAAUUAGGGUACCUUACAAGGCAUUUGUGCAAGGUACUAGAGUAUGCAAUUUCCUAUUUAAUCCUAUUGGAAAUACACUUCAAUUGCUGAUAAAGAAAAUUUAAGAUUUGAAAAAUAAUCAUUUUUUGCGGAACGUGUCGUCUGAACUCACACAAAUGCUAAUCUGCUUAAAACGACAUCACAUAACAAUGCCCACGCGUCACAAUUAUGUACUUUAUUUACUCAGGGUAGUAGAGAGUGAAAGUAACUUAUAGAUGUGUUCUUGACUAUUUGUGAUCCUUCCAUUAUUAAAUCAGUGAAAAUGUU